AAACAGACGUGGACGUCUGCCUGCUGCUCAUUCCCCCAGAGGUGUUGCAGAGAUAAAGCAUCGCUGCUGAGCUUACCAAAAAUCAUGAAAGAAGCAAAGAGGAGUUAACAGAGAGCAAAACCAGGGCAGAAGCUUAUUAGUGACAUUAUCAUCAGGAAGAAGUGAGCGAAUGCAUGUGUAUGUAAGAGUGUAAGGAGGUGGACCUCAGAGGAUAGAAGUGUCUUCAAAGAUAUGGAUUGAAGAUGACAUUGUAUCCUGACUGGUCUUGACAUCACUACCUCCUUUCAUCCUCCUCCCUCACCCCCCACCCUUUCAGCAGGCGGGCUUCUGGUGGCUGACCAUGCGAGGAUCUUCUCAGUGCUGUGGGAAUCUCCUCAUCUUCUCCGGAUAGUUCUGCAGCGCUCGUUCACUGGCUUGCUGACCUCGGCGCAUCUUUGACUUUUCCAAAACAAAGAGCGAAGAAACUUUUGGACUGUGUAGACGGCUCCUUUUUCCUAUUGCUCAAUAAUUGAUGCAGGUUCUCUGUUGGCGCUCUGACAGCAUCUACGGGAAGAGACCGGUGACCUCCACAUGAUCUCUCAACGAGUCCUCUUUGAGUUUUAAACUGCGUCUUUUGAUCUUCCUCAUCCUCAAGUGCCACCAUGCAGGUCUCAAUCGCUUGCACGGACCAUAAUCUGAAGGGUCGGAAUGGGGACCAUGGGAAACAGAACACAACCAGUCCCAAUGUGGUGAACGCUGCACGCGCAAAGUUUCGCACUGUUGCCAUCAUCGCCCGGAGCUUUGGCUCUUUUACCCCACGUCACCACAUCUCCCUCAAAGAGUCUACCGGCAAGCACACUGGCAUGAAGUACCGGAACCUUGGGAAAUCUGGAUUGAGAGUAUCAUGCCUCGGUCUGGGCACUUGGGUGACGUUCGGAGGCCAGAUUUCAGAUGAGGUGGCCGAACAGCUGAUGACUAUAGCUUAUGAGAGCGGGGUAAACCUUUUUGACACAGCAGAGGUGUAUGCUGCAGGAAAAGCUGAAGUCAUACUGGGAAACAUCAUCAGAAAGAAAGGUUGGAGGCGAUCUAGUUUGGUUAUAACCACAAAACUCUACUGGGGUGGAAAAGCUGAAACAGAAAGAGGUCUCUCCAGGAAACACAUUAUUGAAGGUCUCAAGGGUUCCUUGCAGAGGAUGCAGCUGGAAUACGUAGAUGUAGUCUUUGCCAACCGGCCGGAUAGCAAUACACCAAUGGAGGAGAUUGUUAGAGCCAUGACCUACGUCAUAAACCAAGGCAUGUCCAUGUAUUGGGGUACGUCACGGUGGACAGCAAUGGAGAUAAUGGAAGCGUAUUCUGUGGCAAGGCAGUUUAACUUGAUUCCUCCAGUAUGUGAACAGGCUGAGUAUCAUCUCUUCCAGAGAGAAAAGGUGGAGGUCCAGCUGCCUGAGCUCUACCAUAAGAUAGGUGUGGGGGCUAUGACAUGGUCACCGUUAGCCUGCGGGAUCAUCACUGGGAAGUAUGAAAAUGGUAUCCCAGAAUCCUCCAGGGCAGCUUUGAAGUCAUACCAGUGGCUGAAAGACAAGAUUGUCAGCGAAGAUGGACGAAAACAGCAAGCUAAACUGAAAGAACUCAGCCUUAUCGCUGAGAAACUGGGCUGCACGUUGCCUCAGCUUGCUGUAGCUUGGUGUCUGAGGAACGAGGGUGUAAGCUCUGUCCUGUUAGGAACCUCCAAUGCAGAACAGUUAACUGAAAACCUGGGAGCCAUACAGGUACUUCCAAAGAUGACGUCCCAUGUAGUGUCAGACAUCGAUCAUAUACUUGGAAACCGGCCAUUCGGCAAGAAAGACUACCGGUCCUAGGGCCUCUGUUCAUGCCGAGGGUGGAGACAGAGAUAUGUGCACAGUUCCUAUGCCCUAAGUGGUUCCUGUUUCGAGGCUUUUACAUCAUUGUUCUGGCCUCUCUGAAGCCUUAGAGUGCUACGCUCCAUAACGUGUACCUGCAUUCCCCUCCGUCUUUGCUGGUGCCCUUUCGCACAUCAACCCUACAGCAAGAAUCUCUAUGAUUGGUGUCCGGGUGUCAUCUAAUAAUGGCGCCUAGCAGGAAAGCUUUAUUUACAGAUGGCUGAGCUGCUGAGCCCUUUGGUGUGAUCUGUGAACUUUCUCAGUGUCCAUACUAUGGCCUCUGUUUUAGAAAGCAUCAAUUAGGGUGUCUCAUGAUGUGUGUGAUCUGUCACCCUCUUGUGUUCAGAUGCAGCAACUGCAAGUCUGCUACCACACUCGGAGCAAGGACUUGGUGGAAAAAAAAAUGUUGAUAUAUUUUAAUAAGGGACAUUUUGUGGUGGACACUUUAGUUGACAUGAAGUGAUUUGAGGGCAUCAUAACUCUUACUGAACAUGCAAAAGUAUUAUAAACAGACCUCAAUUCACAUUUUAGAGUAUUGGAAUUAAACAUGCUUAUUGUAUAAUAUGCCAGCAGUUUGAUGCAUUACUUUUUUGUAAACUUCUCUUCAGUUUGCUUUUAAGUCCAAAGUUUCGAUUUAAGACUUGUUCAUAAAAUAUAAUGGGAUUAAAUCUAAUUAAGUCUGCGUGUACUUCAUGUUUGUUUUCAUUAUAGCUCAGCUUGACCUCUUUGAAAGCCAUACUAUCAUGCCCUUAAUAUUUGAACACAGAAGAGCUGUGACUUGUACUGCGUGUUUUACAGGCAUUUAGAAAUCAGGCAUGAGCAAAUAAACACAAGUGUUGAUGGCUCCAUAUACACAGCCAAUCAGGAAAACAUGGAUGUUACAUUGAAUAAAAUGCAGGUGGUUUUUUUCUUUUAAAUAAUGAUAUGUGUGUACAUAGUGCUACCUUUAGUCUAUCUCUGUGCAGAGUGCCUUGAUUCUAACCUGCAUGAGCAUUAGGGCUGGCCCAUAUACCCCAUGGGUCCAUGAGUGUAAUACUGUGAGCAUUACUUCAUUGUAAAUUAUCUCUAACAACAACAAAAAACUAGGACUGCACCAUGUGAUGACUGUUUAUAACAUUGUUUGAGAGAAAAUAUGGCGUGUUAAAUUUACAGGAUGUUAUGAAACUGCAUCAGGGUAUUUUGUCAAAUCUUGCAUCUCCUUCCCUGUAUGACCACAGUGACUUCUGUAAAUAUAAAUAUGUAAACAGUAUAUGGAGGUAGAUUAUAUGCUUACAAUAAAAUGCAUAUGGACAGUAAAACAGUGUUUGCU